AUGGAACCUGCCAAUCCUUCAAAGCCCCCAGCUGAACCGGCACUCCGCGAACUGCCUCAACUUUCUCUCCGUAUUGCGCCUCUCCGAGAACCGGUUUCCUCCCGCACCUUAAGCGUCCCAUCGCCCCUCGAGCCCAAUGCCAGCGGAGCGCGGGAUUCAAACAAUAUAUCCAAGGCAAAAAACAAUGUCCCGGCUGCAAAUGCACAAGCCGGUCUUCCAACAGUAACAGAGUUCCUCAAUGCGGCACGGACCAAGACAACCGAUCCAACAGACUCACCAUCGAGUGUGGAGCGACCACCAAGGCCUAUUCUUCCCGCCUUUGUCAACCUGCGUGCAUUAGAGAAAUUUCCGUUUUCCACCUCUUUCGAUGACAGUACCCCUCAAGGGACCCGCAAGCGCCGACGCUUAGAUCAUCAGGCGGAUUCCUUCAGCGAGCAUCUCCAACUGCCCAUCCCGCAAGCCCAAAAGGAGCAAAGGCCUCCGCCGUUUGGUCCAUUUGCUAUCCUGAAUGGAUUGAAUGAGCCCCCGCCAAAUGCUGCAUUCCUCCCGCCCAUCGAGGUUGGGUCUAACAUAUCCCAGCUUCUUACCAAACCAUCGGGAGGCGAUGCAGAUCUCGAUGCGGGGGCAUCAGCCUCAGGCCAAGGCACAACCGCAGAUGGUCAGCCUGCUGAAAGACGUGGUGCGCGCAUCGAAGAGAUACUACGUACAUCCCUCAGUGUGGAUGAAGAUGACACUCGUAAUGAUAAUUAUGAAAACAUUCAAAGCACUAACACAGCAGAACCUGAUAAGACUACUCUAUCGGCUCGUGAAGCAGAUCCAUCGCAAGGCUCCAAUUCCCUAUCCACUGCACCCAAGGAAGAUGCACCCAUGUCGCCGAAAAGCCGGGGCCGAUCCCGUAAGAAUCUGAGAAGGUGGACUGAUGAAGAAACCACCAAUUUGCUUCGGGGAGUGGUCAAAUGUGGAAUUGGAAAUUGGACUGCUAUCCUGGCACAGCCGGAACUGGAGUUUAACCAAAGAACCGCAUCUAACCUCAAAGACAGGUUUCGAGUACUAUGCCCAUGGGCCUACCGUGCAUCCGACCCCAACGAAGCCGCAAGACAACUACAUGAAACCCUCACUAACGCUUUACUCAAAGCCAAAGCAGGAGGCUCCGACAACAUACCCGCCCAAAUGCAAAUACCCAAGCUUAUGCGCACCGAAUCGGGAGGUUCCGACUCGACUUCUGGGUCGGGGAGUCCGGCAGUCUUAUCGCGUCACUCUUCAACUCCGAGUACUCUCGCAUCAACGCCUGAUACGGAAGUUGGGAAUGUCAUGUCACCCUCGCCAGGACAGAGUACACUUGCUUUAUCAAACCAAUCCCGCUCAACCCUCGAAUCUCUUGGAAUUCCCCAACCCCACGUCGCACAGAUUAAACGUCGCUCAAGGCGCCCCUUUACACCCACGGAAGACGAAGCCCUUCUGAAGGGGUACGCCGUCCACGGCUUCCAAUGGACAUUGAUCCAACAAGACUCAAGACUGAAUCUCAGUCACCGCAAAGCAACUGAUCUGCGUGACAGGUUUAGGACUAAGUUUCCCCACGCCUACCGUGAUGGCGGCUCCGUGAGCGGCAAAGCCAUGACCAGUCAGAGUCCAAGCCAAUCGGACUCGGCGGGUGCAUCUACGCCCCGUCCGACUGUCUCGAAUAUUGGCGAACAUUCUCCCAGUAAGGGUCGCGCAACCCCAACUUUAGCUGACCCUCGCCUUUCGAGGGAGAGUCACCCUACUACCUCUUCUCACUCCAACUCCACUCACAUUGACCCGGCACUCCUGCCUCCGCCCCCUCAAGGCUUUUUGGACAAUCCCAUGCCUCUCCCUGCUGCAGGCGGGCUUUCUUUCUCCUUGGACGAAGGCUCUGGCCCGGCUCCUUCGGUCGAGGCACCAUGGGAAGACAAUACACUUGCUCCGAUGAUUUGGGAUGAACUGGCCUAA